AUGCUUUUGACUCAGACAUAUGGCUCGCUAACAAUCCUGAACGUUUCAACGGUCAACGGUCGAAACUCUGUAUCACAACCUUGCUACAACUUUGGUUGUUUAUCGGCCCUGGCAUCGCUGACGGGCUAUGUGUUAGGAGGGCGUGGCAGGGGGGAGAAUCAUUCAGCCCUCAUUGCUGUGAGCGUGCGGUCGCCAUUACAUUUGAUGCACAUUCAUGCUUAUUCUUCUUCUCCAAGCUCAUCGUCAAGCGAAGAUGACUGUGUUCAAAUGGAGACGUCGCCGACGAAAAGGAACGUGACUAUCGACGUGAGCUGCUCCACACCGGCUUCAUCCAGUCUUUGUAAUCCUAAUCAUGGUGAACCCCCCAGCAAGCGAUGCUGUCGAAACGAGGACGAGGACCCAUUCGGCCUCGAUGACUUCUUUGUCCGUGUUUGUGGACGUUCGGUGAACGUUAGAGAUCAGAAAUCUGUACCUCAGCGAUUCAGCCACCUCAUGACCCAACGGCGAUCCUGCUCAGGAUGACUGGUCAAGUGUCGUUAUUUGUUAUUUUUUUGUUCCCAUCUCGUACGCAGAUUUUUUAGAGUUCACAUAUCGAUUUUGCGGGUAGUGCUAGAUGGGUUUGUAUAUAUUGUUGUAAGAUGUGAAAUAAAUUGGUAUCAAUUA